CCUUCUUUUAAGCAGAAAUCGCGUGAAAGGCCAAGCCGCCUUUGUGUUCUUAUUGUUCUUAUUCUUCUAUCGAAAUCUGAAACCCCCUCUCUCAAUAGUCAAUUUUCAAUCUUUUAUUUCUACUCAAAUAUUCGUCGCCAUCUUCUUCUUUACUACUCAAUUUCGACUGAGGUCUUCUGAAUCUUGGAUAAAAAAAACAAGUUUCUGAGACCAAUCAAUCAAAAGUUUUGCGGAAAAUGACUUGGAUUUUCUCAUUAUUCAAUGGGCCAUCAGGGUUUUCAGCAAACUCUAAAGCUGAAGAUGUUACCAAUGGAAUCGAUGGAGCUGGCCUUACCGCCAUUGUUACUGGAGCGUCAAGUGGUAUUGGCUUAGAAACAGCCCGUGUUCUUGCCUUACGUGGGGUCCACGUGGUGAUGCCAGUCAGAAACGUGGAACUUGGUCAAAAAGUCAAAGCAAGCAUUUGUGAGAAAAUCCCAAAUGCCAAAAUCGAUGUAAUGGAGUUAGAUUUAAGCUCACAGGCAUCUGUAAGGGAUUUCGCAUCUCAAUACAUUUCAAAGGAUCUUCCUUUAAACAUCCUAAUUCUCAAUGCAGGAAUCAUGUCUCCUCCAUUCACUCUUUCAAAAGACAACAUAGAAUUGCAGUUUGCAACCAACCAUAUUGGUCAUUUUCUUUUGACAAAUUUGUUGUUGGAUACAAUGAAAAAAACUUCAAGUAAAACCCAAAAAGAAGGAAGGAUAGUUGUUGUUUCAUCUGAGCUUCAGAAGAUGGCAUACCCUGAGGGAAUUAGGUUUGACAAGAUCAACGAUGAAAAGAGCUAUAGUGCUUUUCAUGCUUAUGGGCAAUCAAAGCUUGCUAAUGCAUUACAUGCUAAGGAGCUAUCAAGGUGCCUGAAGGAAGAAGGUGUGAACGUGAGUGUGAAUUCAUUACACCCUGGAGUUAUUAAAACCAAUCUUUUACGUAACCAAGGAUUUGUGGCAUCAAUAUUAAGCAAGAUAGCUUUUAGUCUGUUGAAAAAUAUCCCACAAGGAGCUGCAACUACAUGCUAUGUAGCUUUGCAUCCACAAGUGAAGGGUGUUAGUGGAGAGUAUUUUGCUGAUUGUAACAUAUCAAAAGCAAGCAAAUAUGUAGAUGAUUCAGAAAUGGUUAAGAAGUUGUGGGAUUUCAGUUUGGAGUUGACUGAAUCAAGGAGACUAUAAGGUUUUUAUUUCUUGGUGCCUUGAUUUUGUUUUGAUAAUGCUUGUUUGUUUGUUGGUGUGUUUGUAUUUUAGACUUUUACUACAUUGGAACAAUGAUUGUUGAUGUUUAUUGUAAUUGUUGUCGAGUUUAUAUUGAAUGAAAGAUGAAUUUUGUUUUGAUAA